CCUCGAUAGCCUAAGCACGCAUGCAUGUGGACGACGUGGGCGCACAGCCUGAGGAGAAGAUUGGCAUGCAGACCAUGUACGAAUCUAUGCCAUCAUAUCGCAGCUGGAUAAUGCUGUCUGCAUGUCUGCAGUCUGGACAGAAGACGUCCACAUUCGCCGGCACGGGCGUCAUCUGGAAUAUUAGUCGUGCGCCCUGCACGUCAUUACCUCAGCGACUGGGGCAGGCUGCGCGCCGAUUCACUCGCUUUCCUCCUGCUAAACCGCGGCCAAGACCUUCAACACGAAGAAAUUAUGGAAAGCUGCGCCUAGACGCGAUCUUGAAGGCGGCAACCAGCGACGCUACCCCUCGAUCUCAUUCGUCGCUCGCGGAUACGAAGCAUCGACUACCGUUCUGCAGCCGCUUGGACCAACCGACGCGUUCGGGAACGAGCAAGAUGUGACUAUACCGCUCAGCGUGCCGCGCAUUGCGCGACGGCACAUCGGCCUCGCUAGCCCAUGUCCUAACGAACACAGCCGUCGCGGUCGAUACCUACUCGUCAAACGCAACAUGGAAUAUCCGGAAUGGCUGCGUGUGGAAAUGAACGCCCGAGCGGCGGGUCGAUCGCGUGCUCUCGGUGGACGAAUUCGUGCGGUACAUUCGUCAUGUAA